AUGUCUCGAAUCAACAAACGCAAAAAUCACAAUAACCAUCGCCUUCCUCUCAACCAAUAUCUGAAGCAGAAGCAACUUCGGUUGCAGAGAGAAGAGGAAGCCGCUUGGAGUGCCGCUGCUGCAAAGCAGCUCAAAGAAGAAGAACGGGCCGGCGAGGUCAGGUCUCUCUUCGACCUCCUCGCCGCGACCGAAAAAGUUGCAGCUGAGAUCGCUGCUUCCGCUGCCGCUGGCCUUGCCGCGGCUCUUGCUGCUACCCCAUCCCUGAUAACGACGAGGAUGAAGAGAUGA